AUGUCAAAGGCAACCAAACGCAAGCACGUAGUCAAAGAAGUUCUGGAGGACUAUGUCACACCCACUGAAGACCAGCAUAUCAUGAGGGUCUUGGGAAGUAAUGGCAAUAACCUCCAUGAAGCUGUGACUGGCAGCGGCGAGCGCUUCCUUGUCAGCAUGCCUACUAAAUUCCGCAAGAACAUCUGGAUCAAACGAGGAGACUUUGUCAUUGUUGAUCCCAUUAAAGAAGGAGGGAAGGUGAAAGGAGAAAUAAGCUUCAUACUUUACAGGGACCAUAUUCAGUACCUGAGAAAACUUGGUGUAUGGCCAGAAGGAUUCCAGGAGGAUUGCACAUCCAGUGAGAGGAACGAGGGAACACCGAAAGAAAGAAGUGAAAGAAAAACAGAGGAGGAGGGUGACAGCGACUCUGAGGAUGAUGACAGCGAUCUUUUUGUAAACACCAAUCGUGCCACAGUUCUCUACAGUGAGAGUGAGGAAGAGACUGAUGAAGAUGAGGAGGGCGACAAUGAUGAUGGUGGUGAUGAUGAAGAGGAGGAAGAUGAUGAUGAAAGAAGAGCAUUAAAAACUGCAUGA